UGAAGCAGCCUAGACUUUCCACACUGGACAAUUUUUUAUAUUUAGUUUCUUUAUAAUUAGAGACUCUUCAUCUCCCUUGUUGGGACCAUUAUCUCUCCAUAUCUCAGGUUAAAAAAAACAAACAAACAUGGGAGAUAGGCUGCGUUUGGGUGUUGGAAUAAUGGGCAAUGCAGCUUCUUUGUUGCUUUACACUGCACCCAUAUUAACUUUCAUAAGGGUGAUUAGGAAGAGAAGCACCGAAGAAUUUUCAUGUAUUCCUUACAUUGUUACAUUGUUAAACUGUCUCCUUUACACUUGGUAUGGACUGCCUGUUGUGAGCUACAAAUGGGAAAACUUCCCUCUUGUCACCAUCAAUGGUCUUGGCAUUCUCCUUGAGCUUUCUUUCAUUUGCUUAUAUUUUCGCUUCACUGACACCAGAGGAAAGAUAAAAGUUGGUGCUACAAUGAUACCUGUGUUGGCAUUUUUCUCGAUUAUGGCAGCUAUCUCAGCUUUUGUAUUCCAUGAUCACCAUCAUCGCAAGAUAUUCCUUGGAAGUGUUGGUCUGGUGGGCUCUGUUGGAAUGUAUGGUUCUCCACUGGUCGUAAUGAAGCAAGUAAUACAAACAAAAAGUGUGGAGUUCAUGCCCUUCUACUUAUCAUUUUUCUCCUUCCUCGCAAGUUCUCUUUGGCUAGCUUAUGGACUACUAAGCCAUGAUCUGUUUAUUGCGUCUCCCAAUUUCCUUGGUACCCCAUUUGGCAUCAUCCAACUUGUGUUGUACUUCAAGUACAGAAAGAGUGGUCUCAUGGAAGAACCAAAAAAAUGGGAUGUAGAAAAGAAUGAAGACAGGUCCAAGCAAUUGCAGCAUGUGGUUAAUGAAAAUACUAAUGGAAAGAGUUGAAGUAUUAUUAGCAGCAGCCACCAGGGCCUAACAAUUAAUGUUCCUUUCGGGGAAAGUAUAGUUUGCCAAUAAAUUUCAGAGGGAUCUCAGAUAGGAGCAGCUGGAUUUGUAUAAUCAAGAUGUCAACUUGUAGUGCCUGAUUUUAAUGAUAUACGAAGCAUGCUACUACUUAGUUAUAAUUAAGAAAUGUCCUGUACUGCAUUAAACAUCGGGGUAAUGAAAAUCAAUUUGCUUUCAGAA